CUCUGUCGUCCUGCGCCGCUGCUCCUUCUUUCCCGUCUUGUUUCUGAGGCCUCGGACCUGCGAGGAAGCACAUUUACAUUUGACGUCGGUUUUACAACCAGAGGAACAAAUAAUCAUUUCAUUUCCAACCUUGCGUUUUCUUUUUCUCACAAUAGGCUUCCUCUUUGCGUGUUUGGAAGAGGACAAAAUAUUGGGAGUCUUGAAAUCCCAGGCUUCCGGGGAAUGGGAGAAGCCCUGCCGUCUGGUCCUGCAAUCCGGGGAUUUCCUUGGAAGCCAAGUGGACCUGAGAGUUCGAUUUACUCUCUCACGUUGCAGCCUGAUUUUUCCCCGCAGUAUGCACGCACACGCAUGCACACGCACAUACACACAUGUGCACACGCAUGCACACGCAGGCGCACACACACGGCUUUCUUCCCCUCCCACUCAGAAGGGUUCCUGCCGUCUGUACCGCGCCCGGCCCCUCGCAGCUCGUGGUUGGCGACACACAGGCCAGCGGUCAGAUGCAACUCAGAUGCAGCGUCCUGCCUCCUUCCUGCCCCUCGUUGCUCUGGUCAGGACUGCCCGGCGUGGGGGAAACUCAGGAGCGGAGAAACCGAGUCACAGAGAGAGGAUGGGAAAUUGUCUCCCGAGAGAACUCAGUUGCCUGAGAGACAAUCAGAAGAAGGUCAGGAAUAACGUGGGAAGGAGAGGGCAGGAAAUGACUACAUCGGAGGGAGAAAAUCAAGAUGGAGAUAAGAAAAGUAAAGAAGCUCCAUCCACUUCUGAUCAGGGCAACGAGACUAGCUGUGGUUCUGAAGAAGUGUCUUACUCCGUCAUUAACCACAGGAGGCCGUCUCUGAGCUCCAACGACGAUGGUUAUGAGAACGUUGAUCCCACCACAGAGAGAGUCAGACCCCUGAGAGAAGGGUCAGAAACAGAAUACACCCUUCUCAGGCUGACAUGCCUUACCAGGCCUUCCUCCUGCACCCCCGAGAAUGAUUACGAAGUCGUGCUUCCUCGCCAGCACCCUCAUACCUCAUCUUCUUCCAGCAACAGACACGACACAGAAUAGCUGCCUCCGGGGGAGUCUUUCUCUCCCAGCAUUCACAAAACAUUCAUUUCUGGCCAGAGUUUAGAAAUAAUAUCCUUCUACUAUAUUGCCUUGGGAAACUCUGAAACGUGGUGUCUCUGUGGUAUCAGUUGAAAUAGUGACAAAGUAUUCUACAUCAUUUUGUUUGUAAAAUUUGAGGACAUGGAGAUGGUGUGGAAAGCUUCCUAGGACAAUAAGCAUCCAGAGAUAUGUAACCUAGACUAUCCAGUUCCAAUCCUGCUCUCCAAAUUUCAAACGCCAGCAUCCCCACUCCUAAUUGUCUAUUUCAUUGUCAAGGUGUAAGCUACUCAAUAAAGAUGAAUGGAUAAAGAA